UUGGCGUUUUGUCCGUGAUUUUGCUGUUUGAUGCACAAGCCUGCAUCUGUCGGAGGGAAGCCUGUGGAAGAGUGUGUGUGUCAGUGUGUGUCAGUGUGUGUAGGUGAACUUGUGUUGUGUCGUCGUCUCGUGUUAUCUUUGAGCUUUUGUGUUUCUGUUCCGUGCAUUUAGACAUGCACUGAGCGAGGAGCGACACACACACAAACACACACAUGCACUUGCACACACCUAUAGGUCCACACACACGCCCAUGCACACGCACGCACGCGCACGCGCGGGUCCAUUUUACUUCCAGCUCGUGGGCACAGCGCCGGCGUGUUUACGUCGCGCUGGUUUUUCUCAUGACGCGCUUUGAUAACCUCACGGCUUCAUUGUGGCUGCACACAGCAUGUGUGUGUGCCAGUUUACAGCCUGCUGACCUUAUCGUACUGGAUGUCAUUUUCAUCAUAUCGCGAUAAUUCCUCCUGAAGGCUCGACAGACAGGCUGCGGUGUUUGCGCAGAGUCCCUCCAUGAGAUGUCACAUUAGGUCGACCUGCUCGUCCAUCGUCUGCCUGUCCUCGGUGUCUCUGUGACAUCUCAUCAGCAGCUGCAUGAGGGAGGAACCAUGCCAGCAUGAGUGGGCUCUACGCAGGCCCUGGCAGGGAGACUCACCAGUCCAGCUGCCCUUUGACCCCCAGCCGUGACCUCUCCACCCACUCCAGCUCCCCCAGACGCCAUGACCACAGGAAAGGAUUAACCAUGUCUGCUGCCGCCUCCUCCCUGAAACGUGCAUCCAUCUAUGGAUUCACACAAAGGGACCACUCCUCCUCCUCUUCUUCUUCCUCCUCCUACAGUCCACUCAGGAGGCUGCAACAUCUCACCACCAUGGUGAGCCAGCCGGACCUGGUGCUGCCGGUGAGGGAGCCCGAGAGGAGCUGGGAGUGGGGGGUGAGUAAGAAGGAGAAGGGGAAGGAGAAGGAGAGGGACUCGUGGGCUGAUUGCAGCAGCAGGGAUUUUUCUGGCACCCAGAUUACAAACAGGGAGGACAGUUUUGGAAGCUCCUCCUCUGUACUAAAACCACCUGUGGUCCAAAGUGGAAGUAAAGACAUUCCAGCAGCUAAUCAGAGCUCUUCUACGGCCUCUGAGAAAAAGACAGAGACGUGUUUUUCAGGCCCCCCAAGUCCGGCCUUCUCUCUGGAUAGCAACAGCCCCUUUGCUAAUGGCUUCCUCCACUUUGAAUCCUCUCUGUUUGAGGAUGAUGACGACAACGAUGAAGAGCAGGAGACUGUAUCACCUAUGGGAGGCUCACAGGACCAUCGUGAGAGUGUGGGGAAUGUUUCUCUAUCUACACCGAAGGAGUUAAAUCCAGACUCUAAGGAUGCUACCCGGUCUUCAGCCAAGGUGGUCACCCGGUCCCAGUCGUCAGGUCAGCGCAGGAGAUACUGGGACGGCUCUGAUGACGAGUGGGAGAGCGACACCGAGCUGUUGCUGCUUGAUGAUAGUCUCUCAAGGCCUUCAAUGCAGAACAGCCUCAAGAAAAAGCCACAGCAGCCUGUGAAGUUUUUAGAGGGUGAAGUUAUUUGGGCAAAGUUUAACCGAAGACCGUGGUGGCCGUGCGAGGUGAUCAUCGACCCCUCACAGGGAAUCUACCACAGAGUGAAAGAGCCCAGUGAUCGGCCCUGUAGACUCUACCACAUCAGGACCUUUGGGGAGCCCACAGAGGUGAUCUGGGUGGAGGACAAAGCGACUAACCCUUUCUACGGUGGCUUUGAGUUUGAACAGCUCUGCUUACUACGCCGACGGGGGAAGCAAAGGGAACAGAACUACAAAUGCACUAUUGCGAAGCGUUUUCAGGAUUCUUGGAAAUCCAGUGUGGCAGAAGCUGAAUCUGUUCUCCCAGAGAGGCCAAAAAUGGAUUCCUCCUCCUCUUCAUUCAUUGAAGAAACCUUCCUUACCAGCUCAACACCAGAGAUGGUGACCAAGAGCCAUCCAACCUGCCCUCCCUCCACUUCCCCCACCUUUCUUGAAACUUCCCCCAUAACUAACGGAUCCAUGUUAUCCUCAGUAACUACUCCAGCAAAGCCAAGCACUUUAAAGAAAUCCUCUAGCAAGAAGAAACCAAGUAAACUGUCAAAGGACUCGAGUAGAAAGAACUCUAAAAAGACUUUACAUAUUAGCCCCGACCAGUCAGACAGAGACAACGGAGAGUGCCCAUAUUCUGACCUCGACUCAGUCCCCAAGAUUCUGUGUCCUAAAGCACUUGAACGUCAGCAGAAGUUGGUUUUAGCCCAGCCGUCUGUUACAGUGGUCAAAGAGGUGAAGAAGCAGCCAGAGAUUCAGAGCGGUCUUUGGUUCAGCAAAUCAGGCAAAGACAGGCGACCCAAAACAACCAGUCCCAUGCCAGACCGCACUCUCUUUAGCAAAGCGCCCUGCAAGAAGAAGAGCUCAUCCGUGGUCAGUAAAAAGACACUGGUUCCCAGUGCCUCCGUGUUGAGUGGUGCUGGUGGACCUCCUGACCAGUCAGGGGUGCUGGAGAAGCAUAAGACUGUGGCACCUGCUGAAAUAAAUCUGCAACCUGAACCGUCGGGAUACUUGAAGUGUAAAAAGACGCUAAGAGAAAGCAGGCCUUUUGGUGCGACCAGCUUUACCACUGACCAGACAGGAUCACCAGACAAGCAGAAGUCCCUGACCUGUGUUGAGACCACUGUGCCCUCGAACAAGAGUGGAAAUUUAAAGGGAAGAAAGACAGGAAGCAACACAACUAAUAUCAUGACUGGAACAGCAACCGACCAGUUAGGUAGCACAAGUGUUAAAAAGAAGGCUGUAAAGCCCAGCACGAUAGAAAGCUCCAACGACCAAGCCACGUUUUCAGAGAGUCCAAAGAGUGGAACUGAACAUCUGGACACCAUCACAAAUAAAAAGACCAAUGUCACUGAUAGACUGACGGACCAGGAGGAAAAAGAAACCAACAAGACACCUGUGCCCAGUUUAAAUGUUAACACUACUGACCCACUAACAAGGCUAGAGAAACAUGCAAGUCUAGUUUCCAAGUGUAGGCUGCCGUUUGUCAAAUUGAUACGUAAGGACAUUAAGGGAAAGAAGUUCCUAAACUCCAGUUUAACCACUGGUCCCAUUGAUGAACCUGGAUGUACUACGUUUGAAAAAACACUGAAUACGAAGGUGACUGAAACAUGCACUAAAGUUUCAGAUUGUGUGACCGUUAAGGAAAGUGCUUCCGUUGAUCAGGCAGCAAGUUCAGAAUCUGUGAAGGUCUCAGUUAAGAAACUGAAAGCAAGUGGGUCAGAUAUUCUUCGUCUCUCAUCGGAGUCAUCACAAGGGACAAAGGUUGAUGCAUCCGGAGUGACCAGUGUUCCCGAUAAGUUAGGUAGCCCCAAAGACGAAAGGAUACCAGUUUUAGAUGUGAGUCCAACCAAUAAGACUCCCUCAUCUUCGAACCAAUCAGACCAGUCAGAAUGUAAGAAGACUUCUUCUUCCAACGUAACGAGCAUAUUCCUGGACAAGUUAAGCAGCUCAAAGAAAAAGGCGGAUUCCAUCUCUUGUGCAGUUUUUCAUUCAACUUCUCUGCCUUCCCAUCGGCAGGGACCUCCAGUAUGUAGGACUGCUCCGGUACCUGAAAGCCUGUCUUCUGAGAAGUCUAAGAAAAUAGUCCAAAGUUUAAAACAGAUUCCAGAUAAGGUGAAUAAAGUUGUAUUACAGGAGCAGCCUGCCCACCUCCCGGCCAGCAGCCGGCUCAUGACCAGAGCUCUGAAGGCAAUGCAGGAGGUGGAACAGAAGAAGAAGAAGGAGAAGGCCCAGAAAAAGGUCAAGAGGAAAGAAUUCAUAAAUCCAUGCAGACCAGCUGAGGGUCUCGUGUCCCACUCAGGGGAUGACUCCCCUUUGAGUCCUGUAGCCAAACUUAAAUCCCGCUGUAACGUCAAUGAUGAGGAUAAUCAGGACACGUUUUCUAGCUCUUCUCUGACGCCGUCUCAAUCAGCUGACAUCGAAACUGAUGUCAAGAGUGAAGAUGAAGACCUCUCAAUCUCCUCAACUCCACCAAUGGACUUCAUACCCCUAACUUCAAGAGUAAAGGCAAAGAAGGAAGAUCAGCCCAUGGAUGCAGGCUCUUCAUCCUCUCCGUCCUCACCAUUUUCUUUCAUUAAAUCCUUUAAAGAUGUGGAGGAGGUAUCCUUCCAGUCCCUGACCACUGAAGCUGACGGGAAACCCAUUUCUUUUAAGGCAGACUCAAACUACAAGUUCAGCACUUUUCUCAUGAUGCUGAAGGACUUGCAUGACACCCGGGAGCGAGAAGGAACCCCAUUGGAACUGGAGAUUGGACCACCGGGCGCUCAUGUAAAAGAGGAGCCCUUAGUAAUGCCUGGGGAGUCUGUGCCUGCAGGCCAGGAUCAACCUGCGGAACAUGUCCAUGACAAACCCAGUUCAAGUCUAGACAAAACUGAAAUCACACACAACAUCAGCGCAAGUCAGAUGUCCAAGAGACCCUAUAACAGAAGAGGCGGCUCCACUGGAGUGAGAAGGAAAGCCAACCGGAAAGUGCCUUGUCGCCCUGCCAGGUCUGGACCUGGUGUCCCAGGGUUGGAGCCCUUGCCAGCCAGGGACAUGGAAGUGGAUUGCUCAUCAAGAGAGCAGUCUCUGUUGGGCUUUGAGUCCAGCAGCUGGGACAGACAGGAAGACGAUGGUGAACGAGUAUUAGAGGAGAAGGAGGAGGACAGAUGGAGCAGACUAAAUGAGAACCUACAGAACAUGGUGCCUUUGGAGCAGAGGGGAUACGAGUCCACGCUGGGUCUGGAAAAGCCAAACGGCCUUGUUGUGGACUGCACCGACAUUGACGCAAGCUUGAUGCACAAUGCCCGAGAAGGUGACAAGCCCUCGAGAGCUCAUAAGCGAAUAAGAAAACCAAGCAAGAGGCUGAUCGAGUGGACUGAAGAGUACGAUCAGAUUUUCUCCACCAGGAAGAAAACCAAAAAGCCUCUCCAGUUAAUUGGAAAGCCAGUCACAUCCGGAUCUGAACUCCCAGAGUUUGACAAAGAAUCAGAUGACCACCCAUCACUGGACUUACUUCCUGAAAUACAGACUCCGCCUCCAGAAGACAUCACUGCAACAACACCUUCCCAACUACAAAUCCCCUGUACAGAAAACACAUCUCCUCAAGAUGCACCGGUGCUCUCCAUCGACACACUAACGCCCCCUCCUGAAGCGGACUCUAUGCUGUCAGAAGGACCCCUCAAACAGAGCGGAAACGCUCCUGUGUUGGGGAAGAAGAGGAAGAGGAAACCCACCCAAAAGAUCUUGGAGUAUUGUCUGGAGUCUGAAGCCUCAACAGUCCCUAAGAAGAAGGUUAAAACACUAAAAAACAACUCACUUCCUGCUCCACCUCCAGAUUCUGGACAGCUGUCUCCAAAGACAAAGAGUAAACAUCUAUCAGCAUCAAGCUCUGCUCCGACACACACAGAGACCUCCGUGUGUGUGCCAUCGCCCUCCGUACAAACAGACCCCCCUCCCUAUCCCUCUCCUUCUCCUCCUCCUCCUCCUCCUCCUCCUCCUCCUCCUCCUCCCCCCUCCAUCCCAGCACCGACCCCACCUGAACCCACCUGGGUGGAGACCACACCAGCAGAUGUUGAAGACUCUCAAACAGAGGACUUCAAAGCUGAAGAGGUGAAGAGAGACACAACAGAGUCAGAGGGUGAACAGUCCAGCCUGGAUCACAGCUUCUCCUCCAUGAAGGAUGAGUUGUCCCUGUGUGACGACCCACUGUUGCUCUCCAGGAAGAUCAUCGGGGACCGAGGAGGCCCCGCCUCCAUGAAGGAGAACAUCUGUCAGGUGUGUGAGAAGACAGGCGAGCUGCUGCUGUGUGAGGGUCAGUGCUGUGGAGCUUUUCACCUCGCCUGCAUCUCUCUGGCCGAAGCUCCUAAAGGGAAGUUUGUCUGUCCGGAGUGUAAAUCAGGCAUCCACACCUGCUUCGUGUGUAAGAAGCGCAGUGAGGACGUGCGGCGCUGCAUGAUUCCUGUGUGUGGGAAGUUUUAUCACGGAGAGUGCAUCGCCAGCUUCGCCCCGACGGCGCCCGUGAACAGAGGCUUCCGCUGCUCCAUCCACGUCUGUCUCACCUGCUUCAUCACCAACCCCAGCAGCUCGUCCAUCUCUAAAGGUCGCCUGGUGCGGUGUGUUCGCUGCCCUGUAGCGUAUCAUGCUACAGACUUGUGCAUGGCAGCCGGCUGUGUCAUCCUCUCCAACAACAGCAUCAUCUGCCCGAACCACUUCGCCCCACGCCGAGGCGUCAAGAACCACGAACACGUCAACGUCAGCUGGUGCUUCGUCUGCACAGAAGGGGGCAGUCUGCUGUGCUGUGAGUCCUGCCCUGCAGCGUUUCAUCGGGAGUGUCUGAACAUUGAGAUGCCAAAAGGCAGCUGGUUCUGCAACGACUGCAAGGCCGGGAAGAAACCUCGCUACAAGGACAUCCUGUGGGUGAAGGUGGGGCGGUACAGAUGGUGGCCCGCAGAGGUUAGUCAUCCUAAAACAAUCCCAGAGAACAUCCAGCGGAUGAGGCACGAUGUCGGGGAGUUUCCUGUUCACUUCUUCGGCUCAAACGACUACCUGUGGACCUACCAGGCCCGGGUCUUCCCUUAUAUGGACGUGGACGCCAACAGCAAAGAGAAGAUGGGAAAAGGUGUAGAUGCCACGUACAAGAAAGCUCUGGAGGAGGCAGCUGUGAGGUUUCGUGAACUGCAGGCAGAAAAGGAGCUGCGGCAGCUUCAAGAGGACAGAAAAAACGACAGGAAACCUCCUCCGUACAAACACAUAAAGGUGAAUCGACCAAUAGGAAAGGUCCAGAUUGUCACAGCUGACCUAUCAGAGAUCCCUCGCUGCAACUGUAAAGCCACAGACGAGCACCCGUGUGGGAUGGACUCAGAGUGCAUCAACCGCAUGCUGCUGUACGAGUGUCACCCACAGGUUUGUCCGGCUGGUGAGCGGUGCCUCAACCAGGCUUUCACCAAGCGUCAGUACAGCCAGGUGGAGAUCUUCAGGACGCUGUCUCGAGGCUGGGGGCUCCGCUGUGUCCACGACAUCAAGAAGGGUCAGUUUGUGAGCGAGUACGUGGGAGAGAUGAUCGAUGAGGAGGAGUGCAGGUCCAGAAUCAGACACGCUCAGGAGAAUGACAUCUGUAACUUCUACAUGCUGACACUGGACAAGGAUCGAAUAAUCGACGCAGGGCCGAAGGGGAACGAGGCUCGCUUCAUGAACCACUGCUGUCAGCCCAACUGUGAGACGCAGAAGUGGACAGUGAGCGGAGACACGCGGGUGGGACUGUUUGCUCUCAUCGACGUCUCUGCAGGCACAGAGCUCACCUUCAACUACAACCUGGAGUGUUUGGGAAACGGGAAGACGGUGUGUAAAUGUGGAGCCCCAAACUGCAGCGGCUUCCUGGGUGUCAGGCCAAAGAACAACCCUCCGUCUGAAGACAAAGGCCGCAAGUUUAAGAGGAGGGGGAAGAGGAAGAACAAGGCGGUGGUGACCAAAGAACGAGAGGACGAGUGUUUCAGCUGUGGGGACGGAGGACAGAUGGUUUCCUGUAAGAAACCCGGCUGUCCCAAAGUUUACCAUGCUGACUGCCUCAACCUCACCAAGAGGCCUGCAGGUCGUUGGGAAUGUCCAUGGCACCAGUGUGACAUUUGUGGAAAGGAGGCGGCAUCUUUCUGCGAGAUGUGUCCCAGCUCAUACUGCAACCAGCACCGCGACGGCCUCCUCUUCAUCUCCAAGCUGGACGGUAAGCUGUGCUGCAGCGAACACGACCCCUGUGGACCUGACCCCCUGGAGCCGGGGGAGAUCCGGGAGUACACACCACAGCCCAGAGCCUUGACCUCGGGCCUGGGCAUGGCCGUCAUCCCCUCAGCCGUUUCUAACACUAGUUCAAACUCGACCAGAAGGAGGAACCGGGACGUCAGCGCUUCAGAGUCACCGCCUGCUUUCUCCAUCCCUGUACCCAUCACCAUACCGGUCUCUGCACCUCCCAGCUCGCCUCCCCCCAGCAGCCCCGCCCCCCCCAGCAGUCCGCAUGUCUUUGACCUCCCACACUACUCCCCCAUCUCCUCUUAUGAAGAAGAAAGAGACGUCAUAGAGGAGGAGGAGGAGGAGGAGGAGGAGGAGGAGGAGGAGGAGGAGGAGCAGGAGGAGGAUGAGGAAGACGAGCUGCUGGAGGAAGUGGAGGAAGAGGAGGAUUCAGCAGAAGAGGGCGAGGUCAGUAGGCAGAAAUCUAAUCCACCUUCAGAGGACGGAGAGGCGGUGAUGGACGAGGUGAGGCUGGAAUACCUGGAGAUCAAAGACGACGAUGAUGAGGAGGACGAUGAGGAUGAGGAGGAGGAGGAGGAGGAGGAGGAUGAUGAUGAAGAGGAGGAGGAGGAGGAGGAGGAGGAGGAGGAGGAGGAAGAAGAGGAAGAGGAAGAGGAGGAGGAGUGACAGAGUGGAUUGUUCUUUGCAGUGUUAGAGGUCUUCAAGAGAUGAAUGAAUGAAGUCCCAGAGGAUGUUUUUUUAGGACAAAACUAAAUCAACAAAUGAAAAGAAGCUGUUCUAUAAACAAAGAGAAAUACUUUAUAGAGAGUUCUAUACAGAGACAGAUCGUAUUUCUUUACUGUUCAUUUAGUUUUGUCUUCCCUUCAGAUUCCUCAGACUCAGUACACACUCGCUGUAGAAACGGUUCAUACACACAUCGACCAGCUGCACCUUCAUACACACCUGUAUGUAAAGAAACAUCACCUGAACUCUGAGGACAUGUUUCACUCUGUUACACACGUUUUACUCACUCUGAACAUAAACCUGCUGCUUUGUUCUGGUGUUUCUUUGGGUAGAUUUAAAGAAUCCUCCAUGUCAGAGAGAUGUACAGGAUGUGACGACAGCUGGCUGUAUCCGCUGCUUCUCAAGUCAGGACAGGUAAAGAUGUGUCGUAGUAGAAAAGAGUCAGCUGUAGCUUCCUGACAAGGAGAGAUGAACUCUUUAGUGUUCAGCCUGCUGAAAUGAGUCGACAUGGUUGCACUUCAGUCAAAAUGUGGUCCCAUCUCUGUCCCUGUGGAUACUACAGCAUGAGAUUUAUUAAAGCUGGGGUUGGUAAUCAGAUUUAAAUCCACUUUUAGUUCUACUGGUUAAAAUGAUCUUUCUGUCCUGAUGGUAAUCAAUACAUAAUGUGUUCUAAAAAAAGAGGUAAAAAAAGCUGCUAUCUACAGCCGGAGUAAACCUGGGAAAACACCAACCAAUCCCUGCCAUCAGGAGCCAAAUGAUGAAACCAAUCAAAUCCCGUCCUGCCGUUCUGCCCGCCUCCUGCAGAGCGUACAUUUCAUGUUUGUUUGUGUUUUUAACUUUCACUAUGAGAAUGUGUCGGUGUUUUCUUACCGCUGAGUGAGACAUGAGUUGACGUAGUGCAAAACACAAACCAUGUGCUGAGGACCGGUUUUGAAUCAGUCACCAUCAUAUGGUCGCGAAUCAGUGGCGCUCAUACAAGUGAGCGGGGGCGUCGUUUUGAAGGAGCUCCGAGGGGAGGGGAGGGGGGAGGGAUUACACCAAGCAGCAACCUCCGGUCUAAAAAUAUGAGUCCAAUGCAGAAGUGCUAAAAACUGCAGUUCAUCGAGUGUCCAUUUGAGGCUGGCUCUAGAAGUACAGGAAACCACAUACACACCAAUGCUUAAAGCUGAUCUUUACAGCAGAAAUAAACAUGUUUACAGUCUGGUACAAAGACCAGUGUAGUCUGGAUAGAUCAUUCCUCGAUCGGCACACACUGUACAGGGGUGGAUUUUUUUGUAAAGCGGCAUUUUCAAAGAUAUUAAGAUUCUGAGUCUUCCAAUGAGAGGCACAGCUGACUUGAUUGACAGACAGGAACACUGUAGCUGUUGGCUAGGAGGCUCAAAGCCCGCCUCUUUACAUCACACUCGCUCGACAGCAGCGCCGACUCUCGCCGACAAUUGGCCCCCAAAACAGUGCUUCAGAAACAGAUGGGUGACGUCACAGAGACUACGUCCAUAUUUUAUACAGUCUAGGGGUUAGACGGAGUCUAAUGCUACAUUCAAAUUCAUGCUAGUUUUCUGACUACCAACCCUAGCUUUAAGAUCAGAUUCACUUUGUGCACCAAAUUAAACACAACCAACUCUGCAAAUGUGUCCCUGUGGUUUGUGAACUUUGGUGCUGUUUUUUAAAUUAGAUUUAAUAAUGUAGUAUAAAGAUUUUAAAGACGCAGCAGCCUCAGCCUCCACCCACACUGUAGUUUUCCUCAGAUUAGAAGAUGGGGCUGAUAAACAUGAGUGCUUCAAGAUCUGCAGAAAUGUCAGUGCCUGUUCAGUGUAGUGGUGUGAUGAGUUCACACGACAAGACACUUUGAAGAUCUGUAGCUACAAUAUUGUGAUUGUUUUAUGGAAAUGAAACUUAUUAAUGAAAUAAAUGUGGAUGAUUUGGGAUCAAAGUUAAAAGCAGCCAGCAACAAAAGAAAGGGAACUCAAAAUUUGACAGUAUGUGCCAAAAAGAAGGAUAUGGAUUCAGUUUCUACAGAAAGCUACAGAGGAAGUGCUUUCUACCAUCUUUGGACAUUAAGGAUCCCCUGUAGGUCAUUCAGCAGCUCCACUCUGAUAGGUCGACCCACAGGUUUCACAGACUCACUCCGUUAUCUAACCCUGUCGUAAACAAGAAAGUAGUCUCGCCCUCGUAGCCGUCGGUGGUCUGAAAGCAGAGACAGCACUACGUUUGCUCCGGUGUGUCUGCUGUGUUCUGUCGUUGUUAUUUAUGAAAUGUUCUGUGACGCACAAACGAUGAUGCGGAAGAGUUUGUGCUGGAGCUCCUCACUUCCUCCUCUUCUUGACUCUCCUUGGAGGAAAACAAAAGACUCCUGAGUGGACGUGAGACACUUGAAGAGAUGAACUCUGUCAUGAUGCUUGCACUUCAGUUUGUGUUCUUGCCACACGUGUUAUGCUCUGUCUUCAAGCUUAAUAUUGUCUGUGUGUUAUCUGCCAAUGCCUUAGAGUGUAUUUCUUUGGAGAUAUUUUUAAGGAAUGGUUUGGCGCCUGUGAGAGCCAAGUGUCCCUACUAAUGCCUUUUUACAGUUGCCCAACAAGCAAUGUUUCAUUCCAGUGUAAUUAUGACCUGUUAGAUCUCAACCAUUGACCUGUUAAAAACAACCGCUGUAUAAAUAUAUAAGAAAAGAAUAUUAUGAAAUCAUC